AUGGGCAGAAGGGGUAAAGCAAAAGCUAGCAGUAGCAAGAGCGAUGAUAAAAAGGAAUCAUUUGAGAAGCUAAUGUCUGAAGGAAUAAGGCUCGAGGAAAGAGGUGAAAGAUUCCAAACUUCUGGCCAAACUUCUGGAAAGGCUAGGAGAUAUUACGAACAAGCCGGAGAUAUGUACGAGAAAGCACACAACAAAGAUCCUGAGAACGGUGAUUGCUUGUACAACUGGGGCAGAACAUUGUAUAUACUUGCCCAUCUCGACGAUCCAAAACAAACUGAAGAAGAGAAAGUGCAUCUGUUAACUAGAUCGAUUGAAAAAUUCAAGGCGGCCAUUGCUAUCGAUGAAAACAAUGCAGAUGCGUUGUACAACAUGGCUCAGGCUUUGACGACUAAAGCUGAUAUUAUCUUCAAUUUGGAAGCAAAUGACGGACCAGUUGAUACUCUGAAUGAAGCAAUUGAGGCAUUUGAAAAGGUGAUUCGUCUACAGCAAAAAGAACUACAACUGACUGGACAGGUCGCCAGUUCAUCCUCAUCAGCACAUCCAGAUAAUUCAAACGAAGAUGAGGAGAAAGUUACACCCAGCACUCUUAUUGAUACGUUGACAUCAAUGUCUCAAGCUUUAACGUCUCGGGCCAUGAUGGCAGAAGAUCCCGCUAUCAAUGAAGAAUGUUACAUUCGCGCAAUUGAAUUACUUGAACAAGCGCUUAGUCUUAAUGUACAGUCUCGUGAAGCCGAUAUUCAGCUUCAAUGGGCCAACGUUUUGUCGCACCAUGCUCAUAGUAUUGUUCCAUCCGAGGAAAACAUACAUCAAAUCCAAAGGUUGCGUGAGAUUGCUCUCCAAAAGUUGAAUUUCGUCAUUGAAACGGAUAAUGACAACGUUGAAGCUUUAUGUGACAGAGGCGAUUUAGCAACAGAUUAUAUUGACAUGUUACUAUCUGAUCCUGAUGACCAUAAAGAUAAAAUCCUAGAACUAUUUGAUACGGCAAUCAUGUCGUUCCGCACUGCUACUGAAUUAGAAGAUACAAAUUCAGUCAUAUGGCAGAAUAUUGGUGUGCUGUGUCUGCGUAAAGCACAGCUACGGUUUUUACCCGCAAGUGUGGACAAGCAUGCAUUAAUUACCUCGUCUGUUGAUGCGUCGAAACGUUCUCUGGAUAUCGAUCCAGAUAACCUUGAUAUAUAUUUGUAUUAUGCAGUAGCUUUGAAGUAUUUGUCCGACGCGAACAAUGUUGAGGUUGAUGAAAUACUAAGGAAAUAUGUUCAACGAGGAGGUAAUCAAAGCGAAUUCCUAAAAUGGAAACAAGAGAAUGAGGAUAUCAUUGAAGAAGCCGACCCUUUCAAUGAUCUUAGAAACAAGUUACGAGAAGUUGGUAUAAAAGUAUAG